ACCCUCAACAUGGAUCACAACAAGAUCUGCGAAAUUCCUCCAAACAUCCUCUCUCAGAGCGAGUGCUUGAUCAAACUUAACCUACGCGACAAUGAGAUUGAAACUCUUAUACCAGAAGACUUACACACAUGGGAUCAACUGGUUGAACUCGAUCUCGGCUCGAACCAUCUCUCUACCCUGCCGCCCGAAAUUAAAGCCCUCAAGGCGCUUGAAGUCUUUCGCCUAGGAUAUAAUCAGUUAAAGUCCCUUCCGCAAGAGAUCGGUUGCCUUAAGGCACUCCGCAUUCUGGAUUUAGAAUCCAAUCAACUCGACGCCCUACCUCCGAGUAUCGGCCUUUUAACCAACCUGGAGGAACUCAAUGUCGGUUGCAACCGGCUUACAACUUUCCCCAGCACCAUUGGGUUCGUCUCCUCUUUGAUUUUUAUGUUCUCCCAAUCGUCUCCUCUCCUCCCCUCAUCUCUAACUCUUUCUUAUACCCCGUUUCCGCCUUCGCCUCCUUCCCCCUCCCUGGUAUCUUUUAUUUUUUUCCAGUAG